AUGCUUACACCUGUAAGCAUCAGCCCAGAUACUAUCGAUCUUGAUGCAUUUUAUGCACAAUACCCUAGCAGAUUUGGUAUCUUUGUCUAUGAAGAUAACCCUGCUAUAGCUAAACCUACUCCCCCCAAUACUAAACCAACCCGAUGCCUUUCAACUGUUUUACGCGACCCCAACUUCAAA